ACCCUGGUAGACGAUGAGAGCUGUAGGGAGAGCCUAACUUUAUUCUUUUAAAAGAACGUUUUAUCGAAAUGCAGUGUGCAUACCAAGAAAUGCACAUGAGUGUACAGAUAAAUGUGGUUGCUCUCCGUUGACCACACUCACAGCCAACACCCAAAUUAAGAGCACAACAUAGGGCUGGCAUUGUGAUGCAGGUUAAGACAUUUGGGGAGUAAACCAGUGCAUAGAAAUUCUCUCUCAUCCUUAAAAAAAAACAUUACCAGUACCCCAAGAGUCCUCACUGUUCCCCUCCCCCGCCAUUUACUUUAACGUGCGAAAGAAGAGUGUGCCGUCUUUUACAUGCGCCUGAGCAGCUGCAGCUGACAGCUACGGUCCCUGCUGCUUGCGCUCUCUCGCCACCGCCGCCAUGGGCCUGGAGCUCUACCUGGACCUGCUGUCCCAGCCCUGCCGCGCCGUCUACCUUUUCGCCAAGAAGAACGGGAUCCCCUUCCAGCUGCGGCCCGUGGAGCUGCUCAAAGGGCAGCACGUGAGCCAGGAGUUCUCCCAGGUUAACUCGCUGCACAGGCUGCCCACACUUAAGGAUGGAGACUUCGUCUUGAGUGAAAGCACUGCCAUUAUGAUCUACCUGAGCUGCAAGUACCAGACUGCAGACCACUGGUACCCCGAAGACCCGCAGGCCCGUGCCCGCGUGCUGGAGUACCUGGGCUGGCACGCCGACAGCAUCCGCGGCACCUUCGGCGUGCCCCUAUGGAGCCAGGUGCUGGCCCCACUCCUUGGGGUCCAGGUGUCCGAGGAGAAGGUGGAACGCAACAGGACCAGCAUGAAGCAGGCGCUGGGGCGGCUGGAGGAGACCUUCCUGGGGGGCAGGGCCUUUGUUGCCGGGCAACAGGUGACGCUGGCCGACCUCCUGGCCCUGGAGGAGCUGAUGCAGCCUGUGGCUCUCGGCCACGACCUGUUUGAGGGACGGCCCCGCCUGGCGGCAUGGCGUGCACGUGUGGAGGACUUUCUGGGUGCCCAGCUGUGCCAGGAGACCCGCGGCCGCAUCUUGAGUAUCCUGGAACAGGAGGCCAACAAAACAAUCCCAGUGCCACCACCAGAGGCCCACGAGAGCAUGCUGCUUCGCAUUGCCAGGAUCCCCUGAGGGCGCUGCCCAGGGCCAGGAGAUUAGCAAUAAAGGCUCAUUCCAAUUCUCACUUGCCCUGUUUC